AUGACCCCAUGUCCUCCCACGCUCUUCUCCCUUCCCCAGCUUCUCUCAGGAAACCCACAAGGUAGAGCGGUCCUUCUCGCCUCUCUCUCUCUCUCUCUCUCUCUCUCUCUCUCUCAUCAUCAUCAUCAUCAUCAUCAUCAUCUCAUCAGCUGCAGUGUUGGCAGGGCGGAGGAUGAGCUUGUGGAGCUGCUAUGGCAGAACGGCCAGGUGUUCAUGCUCAGUCAGACGCAUCGGGAGGCUGUCGGGAGGCCAUGUCAGAAGCCCGAGUCAGCUCCGAGGUGUGUAGAGCCGUUGGAUCCCCUGCCCCAUCCAGCAAGGAAUGAGGAUGCCUCACCAUGGGUUCAGUACCUGAUCGACGAUCCCCUGAUGAGGGACUUCUACCUUGACUUCUUCCACGGGCUGCCAGCUGCCGAGUCCACGGAGGCCCGGAUUGCUGUGGAGCCGACAAGUGGCCACUUUCUGGAGAAGGAAGGGGCAGAGUUCGGGCGGGACCAAGGAGGCAGGGAGGAGUCGUCACCCUUGGCGGCCUCCAAAUGGUCCGACAUCCAUGGUAGCUGCAGUAGUUCUGUGAAGGUCCCCUCAGCAAAAGGUGCAGACGACUCUCAGGCUGGGUUUAGUUACAGUGAGAUUCAAGAAGCUGGCAUUGCUUCCACUUCGGAUGGGUCUGCAUUGAGCCUUAGAGUGGACGACUGGCGGAGCACCGACACAGGGAAUUAUAAGAAGAGGAAGCGGAAGGAUGUUGAUGAAUCUCAGUGCCAGAAUGAGGUCAGGUCCUCUGGCUCCCCUUCUCUCUCCCUCCCUUCCUCUGUUUGAUGUGCUGGGCUUCUUCUCAGCCCUCGUUUUCGCAGGAAACUGAGGAUGAGUCAGUGGAGGCGACCAGGCCCUGUCGGAGGUCUGUGCCGGCCCGACGGGCCCGUGCUGCUCAAGUCCAUAAUCUCUCGGAGAGGGUAGGUGGAAAACGUUGAACCCACUUGGGAUUCCAAUUGUAGUAGCCACUUUAGACCACCAUCUCACUCUAACACACACACACACACCCACUCUAUUUAUCUAUCUAUCUCCUUCUAUCUAGAGACGGAGAGAUAGAAUCAAUGAGAAGAUGAGGGCACUGCAGGAGCUUAUCCCACACUGCAACAAGGUACUGUCUCUCUUUGCUUCCCCUGCCAAUAGACAGGCUCUGGGAUAACUCCAGGUACAAUGCUGGAACUCCUCAGACGGACAAGGUGUCAAUGCUGGAUGAAGCCAUCGAGUACCUGAAAUCACUCCAGUUGCAAGUACAGGUCCAGGGCCUCCUGUUGCUCUUCAGAUCUAAUUUGUCAAUCCACUCCCUAAUUUUCUUUUUCUAA